AUGCCCGACACCGUCCUACAAUACCAACUAUCUGCCCCCAACGGCCAUUUCGCCCUAGUCGCCGUGCCCCGACCAAUUCCCGGCCCGACCGAGGUCUGCAUCCGCACAAAAGCCGUUGCGCUGAACCCCCUUGAUGCGAAGAAACUUGCUUCCGGAGUUGCUGUUGAAUCAUGGCCCGUCGUUCUGGGCAAUGAUGCAGCCGGUGUUGUUGAGUCUGUCGGAGAUGCGGUGCGGGACUUUCGACCGGGGGAUGAAGUCUUCUUUAUAUGUGGCCGGGAAAACAGAUCCAGCGCAUUCCAGGAGAUUGUCACCAUCUCGUCGCGUGCCGUCGCGCAGAAGCCAGCUCAUCUGAGUUUUGAGGAGGUGGCCUCCCUUCCACUUUGCUACGUAACCGCCGCCGCAUCAAUCAUCCUCGGCUUGAACAUCCCACUGCCUCACCUGGGUUUCGCAUCGUCCAACUCCCUUAGGUCUGUCCUCAUCCUCGGCGGGAGCUCUGUCGUCGGCGCAGGCGCCAUCCAGCUCCUCCGACAAGCCCUCCCAGACGCCACGAUCCUAACGACAAGCUCAGCCCAGCACCACGCACACCUCCUAUCCCUCGGCGCAACGCGAUGUUUCGAGCGCUCAGUCCAAGAUGACCCCUCUGCACUCCUCGCCGCGACACCCAACGGCGCCGGUGUCGACGCCAUCAUCGACGCCGUCGGUGCAGCCGCGAGCCAGCCCUCCAUCUUUUCUGCCCUGAACCCGAACGGACCAAACUUAUACUCGCAGGUCGCUACCGGCGCAACCGUAAAUGUUCCUGAGGACGUCUCUGUGACGGUGAUCCGUGGCCCGGAACUCUUUGCUCGCCCGGAGGGUGAUAGGGUGUUACCUGGGCUUGCGGAGUUGCUGGACAGUGGGAUGUAUCGGCUUCCUGUUCGUGUGGAGGUUGUCGGGAGGGGGUUUGGUGCUAUUGAGUUGGGUCUCCGGCGGCUUCAGGGGCGUGUUAGUGGGGUUAAGCUUGUUGUUACUUUGAAGUAA